AUGUUGAGUAUCAAUUCUGCUUUUGAAGAAUUACGAGGUAGAGUUCCAACUUUCCCCUAUGAGAAGAGAUUAUCCAAGAUUGAUACCUUGCGGCUGGCUAUUGCCUACAUUGCAUUGCUGAGUGACAUCCUGGCUUCUGGGACAGAUCCCAAGUCCUAUCUGAAUGAGUUUAUGAAAAAAGGCACGCAAGGGUCAAAUAGCAGCAUCUGGAACACAAGUGGUGAGUUUCUUCAGAAUUAG